UCACUGGGCACCAGGAUAAGAACCUUUGGGAGUGUGUGGUGUGCGGCUUCUCCAUAUUCUAUUGGACUGACCUUGUCGGCACGGAGUUCCCAGCACCCAGCGUCACAUUACCCAUACCAUGUCUUUUGCAGAUAUUGCUGCCAGCACGGACCGUCGGGCAGACACAUUCAGCUUCACGGAAACUGAAAGGAGGAAAAUACUUAAUGCUACCCAGAGCCUUCCCACAAGCGUGAGUAAAAGUGGAAUAGACACUGCACGUAAAAUUGAACAAUUAAAGAAACGGGAAGUAGCAUGGGCUAUGCAUAUGUCAUCCUUAGCAGAAUAUGCCAAGGCACAGCGUAUUCCUCGAGGCUUGCGAAUCAUGCUCCAACCAGCCUUAUUCAAGGACAAUCAGGAGUUCCUAGCCAAGUGGCGUGCUAUCCUAAAUCGCUGCAGCCUCGAUUUGAUUACACUCACCGUUCAGCAGCUGCAGUCCGGGUCAAGAGAAUUGAAACAACAGCUGCAUGUGUUAGAGGACGAGUACAAGGCCCUUCCAGAUACAGACACAGCUCUAAUUCGCGACCUAGAGGUGAAGCUGGAACGCAUGCAGGCAGAACUGUUACAGAUGAAGUUGCGCAAAUUUGCACGCGAUACCAGGGACUACAACAGAGGGGAAGUAUAUACUUGGAAAGAUACAAGGCGCCAGACACGCAAACACCGAUCCGCAUCAGCUGUUUCAUCAGACAUGGGAUCAGCGCAUUCAUCAGAAUCGGGGCGAGAGUCUCCUGCUUCCUCCCAAGGGGCUGCGGUUUCUUUUUUAGGCAAAGGCCACCCAAGGCACACCGGAGGACCAGGAGGGGCAAGCGAAAACCAGCAAGCCGGCCUUCGCAGCAGCAGGAAGAAAACGUAUCGCAGAUAAAAACUUUGUUAUGAGAUCCCUUCAGGGACAGGUAAAGUGUCCUUUUUUUUCCCCAUCCCUUUAGGAUGCAGGGUUAUCUUAUUUUAAGUAUUUGUUACUCUUUUAAUCGAAUCUGUCUAGCUGUCACAAUUUUAACUUUUUUUUCAUGGCCUUUGUGUUGCCAUAUUGUUUUUUUAAAAAUUUUCUCUUAGAUAUUCACCUUUAUAUUUCAUCACUUCCAGCACUACGUGAAGUCAAAAUAAAGGACUACCACUUAUGGACUUUAACUGAUCUUUUAUUAUGUUCUUUUUGAUGGGCAUUUUUGAUAAAAAUAUUUUCACUAAAUUUUUCUACUAAACAGGUUUUUACUGCAAUAUCUUUUAACAUUGUCCUUUUUAACUGCAUUUUCCACUAAGAAAUUUUAUAUCAGUGUAUUGUUAAUUGGCACCUGGAUGCAUAUUUUUUCACUUUAACAUUGCAUUUUAAAUGGCAUCUUGAUAUGAAAAAAUCUUUUUCAAUGCAAAGUACUUUUUUCACAGCAAUGCUUGUUAAAUAUGCUAAUUUGUUAAUUGCACACCCUUUAAAUCAUGUCUGCACUUGUCCACACUAUGCUUGACAAAGGGGCGUGACCCCGAAACGUUGCACUACUGCAUAAUAAAAUUGCAAGGGCUUGCCCUGCUACUACAA